AUGAACUCUAUAUAUGAAUUAGAUUCCAAAUGGCGCAAAUUGCUAACGUCGAAUAAUUUUUUAGGUGGCCUGACUGUUAAUGAGUUUGUGGAACAACUAAGUAGAGAUCAUUCUAUCAAGGGCCGAAGUGGAUCGAACGCUCCAAAGACAGCUUUCGAAUCGCUAGAUCCCAAACCCUACAUUAGAACGUUUGAGUUUAUACUUAAAGAGCUGAAUUCAUUGAGUGGAGAAUCCUCCGAAAGGAAACAUCAGUUGGCUGAACAAGUUUCUCAUCAAGAAAUCGAACAUGCCCAAAGCGUCAUUGCAUUAUCAGCUAAUCUGAAACAUAUGAUGGGAAGAUAUGAUCAACUCGACCACCAAUUAACAUCGGUGAAUCAGGUGGUUAGCCCCCUAGGCGAGAAAUUAGAGAUCGCGAUCAGAAAGAAGAAAGCAUACAUCAAAUCAGUUGAGUUAAUUACACAAUAUCACGAAUUUUAUGCCAACGGUGGAUCAAGUUAUUUGGAGACAUUAAGAUUGUCAUCCAACUGGCUAAAGAAAACACAAGCAGCAAUUCUUGUGAAAAAUUUAUUGGUACUUGCGUUCAAAGUGGAAACUAGUUCAAUCAAGAGAACGGUUGAAGUCGCAAAGCUUAUCGAAGAAUAUUCGGAGGUCAUGGAAAAGAAUUUAUUGGAAAGUUUCAACAAUGCAUACAGAGAUAACAAUUUCACCCAGUUGAAUGAAAUUGCGCUUAUUUUGAAUCAAUUUAACGGAGGAGUUAAUGUGAUCCAUAGUUUCAUCAAUCAGCACGCUUACUUCAUUGAUUCGGAUCAAGUCCAUAGAGAUGAAACAACCGAUAUUUUCUUAGACGAAGAUUUCAAACAGAGAUUGAUUGACCCUAGUUUGCACGGUGUCGUUUUCGAAAAGUCUAUGGUUCAGCUAUUAAAUGAUGUUGAGAGAGUCGUUAAAAAUGAAUCUAAAGUGGUAAAAAGGGUCUUUGAGGAAAGAGCUCCACAAGUUAUUCAGUUGUUUAUGCAAAGAAUAUUUGCCCAAAAAAUUGAGGCAAAAAUUGAUCAUCUGCUGGCAGCAUCUCAAUCACUAUCGAAUCUUGCUUAUGUCAGGAUGCUGCAUGCACUCUAUUCACUAUUAGGUCAGUUUAUCAAAGAUCUAUCAGAAUUUUUCCAAUUACUCGAGAUAGAUGUAGAUAAUGUGUUGACCGCCUCACUUGAACAGUCCUAUUCUGAACUCUUCUCGAAAUAUCUAUAUGACAGAACAAAAUACUUUGACGUUGAAAAGAAAAGUUUAGAAACAAUUCUUUUUGAGAAAACAGCGAACUUCAAUAUGAAGUAUGAAAGAUCAACACGUUCGAGAGCCCUAGCGAACAGGCUAACCAGUUCUUUAGAAAAUGGCUUAGAGAUAAAUGGCUUGGCCACAACAUCAAGCAGUAAACUAUCCCAGCUGAACAGCUUUUUCAAAAGUCACAUUGAUAAAGAUCGUUUAGGUAUCAACAGAGUCAACUCGCUUAACCGCUCGAAUACUUUAAGCAAUCGUGAUCCAAACCAAAGCGUGAUAUCCAAUCAGGAAACAGCCGACCUAAGCUCGACUGAUGAUGAUGGAUUCAAUUUACAAAAUGCAGAUGCCAUGCUGAAAUGCGUAGUUGAAUCCAUAGCAAGGGUUAUGGAGCUUGCAUCAAGCAAAGCUGGAAAUUAUAGCUUUGAAUUACUUGAAGUAAUGCUGAUUGGUAUUGUUAGCUCUUAUGUUGAUACGGCACUGGAAGCAGCAUACUCAGAAUCAUCUAAAUCAGACGUCGCAAAACCACAAGUUAUCCAGUUAGGCUUCUUGAGAUACAUAUCUCUCAGUACAGAUAUUUUAAGCUUAACAUCCGCAUCUGUGAAAGCUAUAUUUCUGCCCCUAUUGAAUAACUCGCCAGCAAUCAAAAGCAAGAUCGUUGUGAUUACGAAUAAUCAAAUCACGCGAUGUGAACUUCUUAUAAACAUAACUCUAGAAGAAGUAUGCCGUGUAAUACUAACAAAAUUCUCCAAUUGUUUGGCUAAACAAAAAAAGAAAGACUUUAGCCCUAAGUCGCAAGAGUUAUUAGAUCAUGACACUUUGCCAGCUGUAGAGAUUGUAGGAAUGCUGAAUUCACUUUAUUCGCAGGUAACGUUAUAUUUGAAAGGAGAAAAUUUGGUGUCAUUUUUAGAAAAAAUAGGGGAAGGACUGUACUCAUUAUUACUAGAUCAUUACAUGAAAUUUCAAGUUAGUUCAGCCGGGGGUAUUAUUGUUACCAAAGAUAUAAUUGGUUACCAGACCGCAAUCGAAUCAUGGGGCAUCGCUGCGUUAAAUGAGGCUUUCUCCACAUUAAGGGAACUAGCGAACCUGUUUACGGUGCAAUCUGAUUUACUAGAUUCAUUGACGAAAGAAGGUCAACUGGCAGAAGUAAGCCGGGAUAUCAUUUCAGCGUACGUAUCAAACAGGGAGGAUUUCAGCCAGGACAGUUUCAUAGCUGGCGUCAGAAUGAAUUUAAAACAACACAUUUGA